AUGGAGCAAGCCAAGCAGCCUCUGGGGCUGGGUGUACCCUGGAGUGGAGUGCUGGCAGCUGUGGUUGUGGGCAGUUUGACAGAGGUACUGUUGGGGUCCCCAGUGGCAAAGGCUGCCCGGGCCCCAUCAACCAGGCCACAUGCCCACAGUGGUGCCUGCCGCAUGGCUGGUGUUGCUGGACCGCCUUCUUUGAUCCUCGCUGCCUCCAGUGUAUUUGCUGAGCUGGUCUCCCCAUCGGUCCUUUCUGCGCAGUUUUUCUCCUUCGUUGUUCCACCGUGUUACUGUAGGUUCUUAAUUGGACUCUUCAGCCCUCCUAAAGCUAUUUUCAUUUGUGAAUAG